UUUGUCAAAUACACCAGAUAAAAAUUCCUGCAUUAAAAUGAUGAACUCCUGAAAUGAGUUUCGACAUACAACUGUUUUUGUGUUUCCUCAUGUCACUUGAAUAUAUGUUCAACAGUAUGUUCUGAUGUUAAAUAUCAAUUGUUAAUUAUAGUAAUUCCAGAUGAUUCUUUGCCAAGAACAUAAACUUAGUUUUCCAUACUGCUCUGUUAAGUGUUAUCCGAGAAAAUUUCGGUGAAUAUGCCAUUUUCAAAGUCAACAUUUAGUGGUUACCCAUUUGAAACGGAUGCCGAGCAAAGCGACCACCUUCAGUCAAAAUUGAAUGACAUCAAAAAACGAUAUCCACAAUUAACAGAGCACCUUGAUAAUUUUACUCAACCUACUAGUCAGAGGUCAUGUCGUUUAGCCGAUGAUCAAGAAUUCCGGUCAAGAUUUGGAAGGUCUUUAGACCUAUUUGAAUCUCCGUUCUCCAGAGAUUUAGAUUCUGAACAAUUUACGGAAGGUUUCAAUCCAUAUCAGAAAUAUCAGUCAAGAACAGGAUAUCCUCAAAAUAAGUUUAAUCAAAGGUAUUCUUCUCCUCAAGAACAAACUGAAGGACAGGAGAAAGAACCACCUUCUCAAGUACAUGGUUCUUUUUCCAAAUUUUCAAGUUCAUCUCAAAUUCCAAAAAAACAGAAACCUUAUGUUCAACAAAGUAAUACCAUAGAUUUCGACCGGAAACAAGAUUUACUUGAGGAAAGAAAAGAGAGAUCUAGGUCAACACCCCCUACAGAAAAAACAGAGAAAACUUUUGCGGUGAAUCCGUUAACUGAAGAAAUGUCAUAUCAUCUUCCGCAUUCAGAAACAAAAUCGACGGAAAGAAUUAUUCCAAUUCAAAUUGAAGGCAGAGAUACACCUAUCGUUCCUAAGAAUAUAUUUCCAAGUCAAUCACAAUCUCAACAGUCAUUUUGUGGGCCUGAAAAAAUUUUUGGACAAAGACCAGAGCAAUUCACAAAGUUUAUACAACGUGAUCCCAGAGAGUUUGCAGAUGAUUGGCAUGAAUUUUCUGCCGAACCAACAAAAGCAACAAGUUUUCAACAACCUAACCAACCCUCGAAAGUAUCAGUGCCAAAUGAACACGAUACACAAAGAGAUGAUAUUGAAGCAGAAAGUAAUAAUUCUCACCAAUCUACUUGUCACGAACAAAAAUGUUUGACACCUAUAGAACAAAUUCAGGUUAUUCAGAAAGAUGUAUCUAGUUUGAUGGAACAGGUUCAGCAGUUUACUGGUAAAUCUCGAAACAAGCAGUUUUUGUAUUUAGAUGAAAUGCUUACAAGAAAUUUGAUAAAGUUGGAUAAUAUUGAUGUUCAAGGACAAGAGAGUAUCAGAUCUUCCCGGAAGGAAGCUAUAAAAUGCAUUGAAAAAGCAAUAGGGAUACUUGAAGCGAAAGCUUCACUCAAUACAGAGGACAAAAUGGACAGUGAACAUCCACAAAAAACAUUUGAUGAUGGUAAUGAGGAAAAACCUGAAAAUCCACAGACAGUAUCCAGUGAGCCAGCAACUGAAAAGGGAAUCUCCGAGAAUGCUGAAGUUGAAGAAUUUGAAAAAACAGGAGCUAACAAUAAGCAAACUAAUGAAAAUGAAGACAAACCGCAACAAGUUCAACAGCUUGAAGAGAAAGUAUAUGAAGCUGAAAAAACGGAUGAAAAGGUAGAUAAUGGAAAUAACGGUAAAUCAGAAAAAAAUCUAAAUGAUAUUCAAUAAUAUUCAAAAUUGAAAAAAACGGCUUUGAAUUAACAAUUUGUUUGCUUCUUCUAAUUUGAAUUUAGUGAGGCGAGGUUUUACAUUAAUUUGUUGUUCUUGUAAAUAUUGUCAUUUUAAAUCAUUUAUUAUGACUGAUUUAGUUAUGUUUUUGUUCCUGCCUUUGUACAUUCAAUGACACCUUAUUUGUUGUACCAUAUUCUAUCAAAGAGAGGUUUUAUGUAUUUUGUGAUCUGAAAUAUAAUGUUUAGAAGCAAAUAA